GCGCCGAGGACCUCACACCGGGGCAGACCAGGACCAGGAGUUCUACCUGGAGUAGGACCAGGACCAGAACCGGAACCAGGACCGGGAUCAGGACCAGGACCAGCAGACAGUUGAGAUCAGAGAUGGACGUCUGUCCUCCGUCCCCGCUCUAGGUCAGUGAUGGCCGACGUGUCCACAGGCAGUGAAUCCCGAACCGGACUCCAUGUUGGUUGUCAUGGCCUCGCUGGAUGGAAGCACGCCGGUUGAGACGUUUCUGGCAGCAAUCCAUCUGGAGAGGUACUGUGACACGUUCCGUCGAGCCAGUCUGGUUUUGGCUCGAGACUUCACUCACUUGGAUCAUGACGCCUUGGUCAGUUUGGGAAUAACCGCCACCGGACAUCGAAAGAGGAUCCUACGACUGGUCAGCCAUCUCCAGAGGACAGACGGUCAGCGGGCCAAUCAGAAAGGAGAUCGCCCCCGCGGCCGCUGUCAGUCGGUCUGUUCCUCGGAUCAAGGGCGCGUCCAAACGGGACCGGUGGACUUUGAGGCGUUCAGGAACAGUUCGGUGCCAAACCUCGCCACCAUGCUGACGAACUCCGACGCCAGUCGGCCGCCGGUGAAACCCGUCCCCAAACCCAGAACUGUCUUCAACCGCCGCCGGACCGCGCCGGUCCACUUCUGCCCCACGCCGGAGCCGGCCCCGCUCCCGCUCCGGAGACUGUCCCAGGAAUCCAUCUGUUUCACCGUGCUGGAGGACCUGACCUCCGGGAAGAUGUCUGCGUCCGGGUCUGACGAGUUAUCUGGCUCUAGACCACCAGGUCAGGCCGGAAGGACGAGGACCGUGUGCAGCUCGUCUCUGGAUGACGCCGGAGAGUCGUUACCGCCCGUUCCCCCGCGCCUGAGGAGCAGGGCGAUGGCGGCGCCACAGGGAUCCCCGCCCUCUUCUCCACCUGUACGCACCGAGCAGAGCCCGGCUGUUUCCCCCCUGGCCUCCCAUCCUGCUUCCUCUGGCAACUCCCCCGGGCCGGGGGCAAUGGAGAUGGUCUCCAACGACAUCUACUGGGGUACCUUACCCACCGCCGCUGGCCCCAGUGCUCAUAGGAACUACUGCAGUCAGAAAUCAGCACCUCCGACUCCUCCGAGGCAGACCCCGGACCGGAACCCUGAAAGAAACAGUGGCAGCACUUUAAGUAACACCUCUUCAGGAUCAGCCAGAGAGUCGACGGAGGAUCCAGAGGAGGAGAUCAGUCCAUACUGUGAAACGGUUUUUCAGAACCGACGACAGCUGGAUGUCAACGAGACGGAGAGAUUCAGAUCAGAUGGGCAGGACCUGAGGGGGUGCGAGGACAAACACGCUGAGGAUCAUGGGUCUCAGAAGCAGUCCUGGACAAAGCGUCUGUCCCAUGCUCUGCUCUCCGGAGAUUCUCUGGGUUACAGCACGCUGGGGGAGGCUCCGCCCCCUCUCCGCAGUCACCUUCUGCCGCAUCACGUCUCCUCCUCCGAGGCCGAGGAGGACCUGACCAUUUCCCCGUACGCCAGCUACACCUCCCUGACAGAGAGAGCCCCCCCGAUCAUCAGCGGCUGGCUGGACAAGCUGUCUCCGCAGGGGAACUAUGUUUUCCAAAAGCGUUUUGUGAAGUUUGAUGGGAAGAACCUGAUGUAUUUCGGCAGUGAGAAGGAUGUCUACCCUAAAGGAGUCGUCCCAUUGGCUGCGAUCCAGAUGGCUCGUCCAGCUAAGGACAACAAGUUCGAACUGGUGACUUGUCAGCGGAUCUUUGUGUUCAGAACGGAUAAUGAAGUGCUGCGGCGGCGCUGGGUGUCCAUACUGCAGGAGCACGUCAGGGAGCAGCUGGUGUUCGGACGCCGGCGUUUCGGACCGGGAUCGCACUGCCAGAAGCACGGAUCCCUGGAAAUGAAAGGAGUCAAAUCCAAAGUGUACGCGGCGAUCAACACCGACCAGAUCUGGCUGCACAAGAACGAACAGUGUUUCCGCAAUGGAAUCGGAAUCACGGUGAUUGAAGCGCGAGGAGCAACGAUUCGAGACGGAAAGCACCGCAGCUUUGACCUCAUCACGCCGUACAAGAGCUUCAGCUUCACGGCAGAAUCGGACCGUGAGAAGCGGGACUGGAUGGAAGCGCUGCAGGAGGCCAUCGCGGAGACGCUGUCGGAUUACGAGGUGGCGGAGAAAAUCUGGUCGAACCGAUCAAACCGGACGUGUGCCGACUGCAAGGCCCCGAACCCAGACUGGGCCUCCAUCAACCUGUGUGUGGUCCUCUGCAAGAACUGUGCAGGGCAGCACAGAGGUUUGGGCUCCAUGGUUUCCAAAGUUCAGAGUUUGAAACUUGACACGAGUGUCUGGAGUAACGAGAUCGUCCAGCUCUUCAUCAUGGUGGGAAACGAUCGGGCCAAUGACUUCUGGGCCGCUCGCGUGUCUCCGGCAGACGAGCUGGACUGCGACGCCUCGCCCGAGCAGCGGAGAGACUUCAUCACCCAGAAGUACAAGGAGGGUCGAUUCCGCCUCCCUCACCCGAUGUUCGGCAGCCAGGAGGAGCUGCUCAAGGUCUUGUGUUCGGCGGUCUCCGAGCAAACCCUUCUGAAAACCGUGACUCAGAUUUUCUCGGAAGCCGAGUCCGCGCGGCUCGCCGACGAAUCAAACGGCUCCCAGCAGCAGCAGGGCCACCAGCUGGAUUUCCACGACAUGUCAGAUCCCAGUGUUUACGAUGAGAUCAUGCAGCCGGUUCUUCACUCUGGCUUUCUCUACAAAUCCAGCUCGGUCAGCAGAGGGACGCUGUCCAGAAGAACCCGGGAAGACUUCCAGAAGUUCUGGUGUACAGUGGAUCAGUCCCUCCUCCUCUACGAGUCCGAUCGGUCGUCUGACCCCUACCUGCAGAUCAGUGUUAAAGAUAUUGUGUGUUUGGGUGUCAACAGACCCGACUCCUCUCCCUCCAACCACGGAUUCAUUGACAGGUUUCGUUACACUUUCGAGUUGUACUUGAGGUCAGAUAAAGUGUAUCAGUUUGGUUUGGAAACAGCCGACGACCUGCACAGCUGGAGCAGAGCCAUCGGGAAGGCCGCCACCCCGCUCAGCUGCCACUGCCUGCUGACGCGUCAGUUCGAGCGCGUGGGCCUCCUGCGGUACCGGGCCAUGCUGGACCCUCAGCAGUGGAAAGAGGCGCACUUCGUCCUGCAGAAAUCCAACCUCUUCAUCUGCCCGCACAACGAGGGAGCGGCCGAGGACAUCAUCAACCUCAACCGCCUGCAGGAGCUCAGUGUCGUCUCGGAAACCGAGAACCAGGAUAAGAAGGACGUCCUGGUUCUGGUGGAGAAAGGAAGGACUCUGCACCUGCAGGGUGUCUGUCGGACGGACUUCUCUCUGUGGCUCGCAGACAUCCAGCGGGCGGCCGGCGGGAAAGGCAACACGCUGAGAGAGCAGCAGCUGAGCAGGAACGACAUCCCCAUCAUCGUGGACAGCUGCAUCGCCUUCAUCACCCAGUAUGGUCUGGGUCAUGAGGGCAUCUACAGGAAGAACGGAGCCAAGUCCAGGAUCAAACUGCUCAUGGAGGAGUUUCGAAAAGACGCCCGAAACGUCAAACUGCGGAUCGGUGAUCACUUCAUUGAAGAUGUGACCGACGUCCUCAAGAGGUUCUUCAGAGAGAUCGAAGACCCCAUUUUCAUGGCAGACCUCCACCCAUUGUGGCAGGAGGCAGCGAAAAUCUCCCCGAAGCACUCGAGGCUGGAGCGUUACAAAGAAAUCAUCCGCAGCCUUCCACGAGUGAACCGGACCACACUGGCUGCUCUCAUCAGCCACCUGUACAGGGUCCAGAAGUGUGCCGACCUGAACCAGAUGUGCACCAAGAACCUUUCGCUGCUCUUCGCUCCCAGCUUGUUUCAGACCGACGGGAAGGGAGAGCACGAGGUGAAGAUCGUGGAGGAUCUGAUCGAUAACUACCUGCAGGUGUUUGACAUCGACGAGGAGCAUCAGACUCAGAUCGAGCUGGAGAUCAGCCUCAUCACCUCCUGGAAGGACACUCAGCUUUCUCAGGCCGGAGAUCUGAUCAUUGAAGUCUAUCUGGAGAUGAAGAUUCCCGACUGCUGCAUCACUCUCAAAGUGUCUCCCACCAUGUGCGCCGAGGAGCUGACCAAUCAGGUUCUGUACAUGAGGAACGUUCCUGCGUCAGACAGAGAGGUGUGGAUGACGUUUGAGGCCAUUGAGGAGGGUCAGCUGGAGCGUCCGUUACAUCCCAAAGAGAAAGUCCUGGAGCAGGCACUGCAGUGGUGCAAGAUGGCCGACCCCAGUUCCGCCUACCUGGUGGUGAAGAGAGUUCCUAAAGGGGAGGGUCUCACCAUCCUCACCUCCUACAGGAGUGAGAUCAUGAAGGUGGGCUUGCUGCGAUGCCGUGAGGAGCCUCCCAAGCUCCUGCAGGGGACCAGAUUCCAGGAGAGAACGUUCCAGAUCCGGGAUCACAAGCUGCUGCUGCUCAAAGAUAAGAAGAGCAUCCGCCCAGAGAAGGAAUGGUCCCUGAAGUCCAUGAAGAUCUACAUCGGUAUCCGAAGGAAGCUGAAAGCUCCGAGCAGGUGGGGCUUCACCGUCAUGUCAGAGAAACACCAGCUAUUCCUGUGCUGCAGCUGUGAGUCUGAACUGUGGGACUGGAUCACCAGCUUCCUCAAGGCUCAGAACGACGACCCCGCCCCCCCGCUGCUCAGACGGCACUCUUCGUCCGACAUCUCCAAGCAGAAGUUCGGGACCAUGCCGCUGGUCCCCAUCAGAGGAGACGAGAGCAACAGCAGCAUGCUGUCAGCCAAUCAGACGCUGAGGAAACUCCACGACCGGAGGACGCUCUCCAUGUACUUUCCCAUGAAGGUCCAGCAGGACUCGUGCGAGGAGCGCUCGGAGUCUCCGGACCUCCCCGAGCCGCUCUACGAGGAGGUGGGAGACUUCGGCCUGCAGGUUCUCAAAUCCCUGGAGACCAGCUUCCUGUCCAGCAGCGCCGCGGAGACCCAGGAGGUCCAGGAGCACAUCCGGAUCCCCCUGGAACCCGGAGCUCAGGAGCACAUCGCCACCGCAGAGGACGUCUCCGUGGAAACAGUGAAGCAGGCCAGCAGCGGAGCAGCGGCAGGAGGAGGAGGAGGAGGAGGAGGGGGAGAUCCAUGCAGCUCUGCAGACUCGAAGGUUGUGAGGAGGAGGAGACAACAGAUGCAGGGAGUCUGCACGCCGUCGCAAGAGCUCCUUCUGCAGGAGCUGUCAUCAGCCUUCACCAAAAAGGACGAGGAGGAAGAAGAGGAGGAGGAGGAGGGUGAAGAGGAGCAGCAGGAGGAGGAGGAGGAGGAGACUUGAACCCUGUAGAUUCUACGGCCGUGAGGAGAAGGCAGCAGCCGCAGGGCGUCGGCGCAGCGGGGCAGGAGCUGGAGGAGGAGAGGAUAUGUGACUGAGGAGAGGGUUUCACUCACCUUCAGCAUUCUGCUGUUUUUUCGUGUGACCUGUUCGUCCAUCCUGUGUGCAGCAUCGCCUCCACAGACGGCUGGUAGGAGGGAUGGAGCAGGUGAACGAGUGGACGGAGACCGGGCGUCCAUCUCAUCAGAAACACUGGCUUUCAGAGACGUGCUGUCACGUGAUUGGCUGAGAGCGAUGAAUCAGUAUAAAAUCCUGUUUAUGUAUAGAAAUGUCUCAGAUCUGCUGAUAAACUUCACUGUAUUUGUGUGAGACUGCAGAAAGGCGUCAGCCACGCUCCAAUAAAAACAACACAAAGAACAUGAAGUCAUUCUCAUCCUGAAAUCAAUCCAACAUUAUUAUAAAACUAGUCUAAAGAUCAGUUUAACGCAGAUCCAGAACCAGUCCAAACAUCAGUCCAAACAUCAGUCCUACAUCAGUGCAAAAAUCACCCUGAAUCAGCCCCAACGCUGGGUGGGCAGGAGUCACAUCUGUGUUUCACAUGUCGGGCUUGAGGAUCGGUUUUGUACUGCAGGAUCCUGUUUCUGUGUUUGAAACAUUUUUUGAUGGUGUGCAGUAACCUCAUACUCUCCUCCAUGUACUAAACAAGCUCAUUAAAAAGCUAUUU